UGAGCCGGGGAGCGCAUGCGCCAGAGACUCCAGCCUCCACGUGGCCGGGAGUCGCACGGAGACUACAACUCCCAGAAUGCCGAGCGCAGCCGCCGGGGAGUUCUUUACCCGCGGGUCCGGGGUUGCCCGGAGAGGUGCGUGCGGCGCUCGUGUGCAGUUCUGUUUUCCCAAAGGCCGCUGCAAAAAAAAAAAAAAAAAAAAGACGUGAACUAUGUCGUCCCUGGUCAGAAGAGUGAUCAGCACCACGAAAGCCCCAGCGGCCAUUGGUCCCUACAGUCAAGCUGUGUUGGUCGGCAAGACAGUUUAUGUUUCGGGACAAGUCGGUAUGGACCCCUCAAGUGGACAGCUUGUGCCAGGAGGGGUGACAGCAGAAACCAAACAAUGGUGAAAACAACUGUUUUGCUGGCUGACAUAAAUGACUUCAAUACUGUCAAUGAAAUCUACAAGCAGUAUUUCAAGGAUUAUUUUCCUGCUAGAGCUGCAUACCAGGUUGCUGCUUUGCCCAAAGGAAGCCGUGUUGAGAUUGAAGCCAUUGCUAUUCAAGGACCUUUCACAUCGAUGUGACUUAGUGUGCCCAGUGUCCUUUAGUGGAGAAUUUUAAUAAUACUCUCAAAUUCACAUCUUAAUUUUUAUAAUUGAUGUUGAAAAAAAAAUCGAAACUAUCUUACGUUAGUAUAGAAAUAACAUUAGUAUGGAUAAAUGAAUACUAACUGAAGGCUAGAUGAUGAAUACAGUGACAAUUGCUUUAAAUUAAACCUGAGCACACUCAUAUUACUGACUGUGAAAAAGAGGCAUUCAAAUGCCAUUGCCAAAAUAAAAGUCAAGGGGAAAGAACACGUAAGGAUAAUAAGUUGCUACUUCUGAAACAUGAUAAAAACCACACUUCAUGCAGUUAAAUCCUGCUGACUUAGUGAAAUGAAAUACUUAGUUCUUAAGUCAGAUAGGUGACUCAAGUGUUGAAGUUUGGAUAGUAAGAGGUAAAAGGUGAAGAAAAUGGACCAAAAUUUUGUGUAGAUAUUUUUCUAAUGACAAUAAAAUAGCAUCUGAUUUUC